AAUUGUGUUGCGUUAAAAGAAAAUGCUUGUUAGGAUGGAUAAUUUCCCUGCUGAAAAACAAAACAAAAAAACAACAGAAACCAUCCUAAAAAUUUGUAAUGGUUUUAAUGGUUAUAAUGGGAGUUGUAUUGGUUUUAACAGAAACUCUAAUGGUCCCUGUGGGUUUCUACUGGUAAUUUGUUGCCUUCUUUUGGUGGCAUAUUAUUUCCAGUGGAUACCAUUAAGGACCGGUAAUGGUAAUGAUUUUUUUAAUGGUUAGCUGAUAGUUUGUAAUGGUAGGCUAUUUGGAGUGGAAACCUUUAGAAUUUCUCUGAUGGUGUUUAUUGUUUUUAUCAGCAGGGCUGGAUCAUGGGCUCUUGGAGUGCAUUAUGAGAGCUCUGUGUUAUGGAUUACCAUAAUCGCGAUUCGUGUCUCGGUUUGAUCGAUUGGAAGACUGCGCCGGUCAGUCGCUGUAUAGGCAACUCAUUGCACGCGCGCGCAAAAAAAAGGAAAGGGACAGAAAAUCGAUCAGGCGCAGAGGCACGCGGAGAGAAAACGCCUCGUCCCUCCUACAGUAGAUCCUCCUCCUCCUUUACUUCUUCUUCUUCUUCUCUCUCUCUCUCUCUCUGUCGGUGCUCUGCUCCGCCUCCGGUGCUCGCGGGCUCGUUAAGCAGGCAAGCGCGCGCGUUCUUUGCCACCGCAGCGUCUCGCGUGCAACUCUCAUCUGGUCGGUCGUGUUCACACACCGCGCCCGGAGGAGCGCGUGAUAUCAGCGAUGAUCUCAGCCUCAGAGCGUUUUCAGCAUGUGGAUGUGUGACAGCGGGGGAAUUAGGUAAAGAGAAGAAGAGAAAAUGACCACGGAGAAAGGUCCUGAGUUGGAAGUAAAGAAGGCGGCAGAGGAACCAUCUCAACAGAAAGCGUCUGCAGGCAACAUGCCCGAGUCUUCUUCAGAUGCCAAAAUGUCCAAACAGGACCAAGAUGGCAAACGUCUGGAUGAUCACAAAGAUGCAGAUGAUGAAUCUGAACGAACAACACCAGGCAGGAGUCCCAAAUCGCCGCAGAAGUCGUCCAAGCGUUUGAAGACUGUCCCCUUCAAGGUGACUCUCAUGGACAGCUCGGAUUACGAAGCUGGUAUUGAGAAGCACUGCAAGGGUCAGGCGCUGCUGGACCUGGUGUGUGAACAUCUCAACCUGCUCGAGAAGGACUACUUCGGCUUGACCUUCAGCGAUUCAGACAGCCAAAAGAAUUGGUUGGACCCCUCCAAGGAGAUCAAGAAGCAAAUGCGAACUUCUCCUUGGCAUUUUGCCUUCGCUGUCAAAUUCUACCCUCCAGAUCCUUCCCAGCUCAUGGAGGACAUCACCAGGUACUACUUGUGCUUACAGCUGCGUGAUGACAUCCUGUCCGGUCGGCUCCCCUGCUCGUUCGUCACUCAUGCUCUGCUGGGUUCCUACACUGUGCAGGCCGAGCUCGGAGACUACGACCAGGACGAGCAUGGCACAGACUACGUUGGCGACUUCCGCUUCGCCCCUAACCAGACCCGUGAGCUGGAGGACAGAGUCAUGGAGCUGCAUCGCACCUACAGGGGCAUGACACCUGCUGAGGCAGAAAUUAACUUCCUGGAGAAUGCCAAGAAGCUGUCCAUGUAUGGGGUCGACUUACAUCACGCAAAGGAUUCAGAAGGGAUUGAAAUCAUGCUGGGCGUUUGUGCCAAUGGCCUGCUGAUCUACCGCGACCGCCUGAGGAUUAACCGCUUCGCCUGGCCCAAGAUCCUGAAGAUCUCGUAUAAGAGGAGCAACUUCUACAUCAAGAUCCGCCCAGGAGAGUAUGAGCAGUUUGAGAGCACCAUUGGCUUUAAGCUGAACAACCACAGAGCUGCAAAAAGACUCUGGAAGGUCUGCAUCGAGCAUCAUACCUUCUUUAGGCUAGUGUCUCCAGAACCUCCUCCUAAAGGUUUCCUUGUGAUGGGCUCUAAGUUCCGGUACAGUGGGCGAACACAGGCCCAGACGAGGCAGGCCAGCUCCCUGAUUGAUCGGCCUGCUCCUCAUUUUGAUCGCUCCACCAGUAAGAGGCACCUCCUCUCCCGCAGUCUGGACGGAGAAAAUUGUGCCCCUUCUUCUGCUCUGGAUCCAUCAGAGUUCUCCAGGCCGCUAUCCACAAUGAUGGAACCUCAGGAUGCUCUGUCCCAGCGGAGCGAGACACAAUGCUUCUCAGGAGACGAGGACGGAGAACCUGACCUGAGUCUCGACCAGGACCAAGAAGAUUCCAGUCUCACCACUCCAACCAGGAAGAAAGAGAUUAAGUUUCUGGAUAAAUCAGAAGACAUGCUGCUGAAGCACCAGGCAAGCAUCAACGAGCUGAAGCGAACCUUGAGGGAACCCAACAGCAAGCUGAUGAACCGGGAAAAGCGUCUCUCAGCGACCUCACCGGGUGACACACCCGAGAAGAAGGCUGAGGCAAUUGGAGCAGGUGGAAGAGAACCUAUUAACAUCCUUUCAGUGGAGGACUUCAUCCAGAAGACAUUGGUGAUUUCGCCCGAGGGUUCUGAGGAGUGGGUGUUAAUUGAAAAACAGGACACUUACCAACUAGACUAUGAAAUGGAAGAGAAAGAUAACAGCAAAGACAUUGUUUCUUCACUUCCUUUGGUCACUGAAGUACUUUUAGAACAAAAGAUGAUACAUAUUGAAGUAACUGGUGAAGAUGGUAAAGAAAUGCAGGUUCAGAUGGACACCUUCCCAUCUCCUAAGGUACCACCAAAGGAUGAAUCAAAGCAAGGGACUGGUAUGAGAGAACCAGAGGUACCAGAGGUGUCAACUGAACCAAAGACCACAGAAACCAAGUUGGACAAAUUACAAGAAACAAAAGAAGAAUGUCCUUCAGACAAACCACACAAGGAAACGAGACCACAGAGUCUAAAUUUGGGAAGACCAGAGUUUGUGUAUGAGACAAAAACGGAGACAUCAAACAUACAACAUGAGGAAUCUGAUGAAGACAAUAAUACUUCAGGAAAAGAAGUGACACCAACCAGGCAACCAGGAACAGAAUGCUGGUCAGAGCCCUUGCCUGAGAAGAUAAAGGAACAUAUGAAAGAAAGGCCACUAAAUGAAGAGAAGGAGAAGGAGCUUAACAAAGCCAUAGAAGAAGAUCAAGAUCAGCCCAUUCUGGGCAAGACAGGGUUUGACGAUGCAAAACAACAAGCAGGCAAUCAACUAAAGGAAGUGUUGUUUGAGGCAAAGAGCAUUAAUGUUGAUGAUCAGGUAGAUGCCUCUGACUCAGUCAAUGGCCCCAUAAAAGAUGAGCUAAAAAGAAAAACCGAGAUCAAGUUUGAGGUUACCAAAAUCAUCAUGAUUGACAACAGUGAAAAUGAAGAGGAGCCAGAGAAUGAAAACAACCAGAGAAUGGAUGAAUUUUUGCCUGAAAAAAAGAUCAGCAAUAUUGAACAAGAGAGUCUUGAAGAGGUCCUUGCAGAAAAGGUACAGAGAAGGAUGAAGGUUGCAGGGCAUGUUCCUACCGAAAUAACAAGGAUUGUCCCAUUAAAACCAGAGAGGGCCAAGAGUCAAGAGUACAGAGAUGAUAUAGAUAUUGGUGAAGAAUCGAGACUGAUGAAAAGACAUUUUAAAAGACAUAGCAUGUAUGAAUCUCUAGAGAGACAAUUUGACCCAAGUAGGUUUGAUUCCAGGGACACAAGCUCUUCACAUUCUCUAUUUACUUCCUACAAAACCACCAGAUCUCAAGAGGCAUCACCUUUAUCCAUGGUGGAUGUAGAACAUAAUAUCUUACAAACUAAUGAGCAGCAAUCAACCAUGUAUAGCGAGUGUCUGCUCAAAGGAAAUGCUACCCAGGAUGAAGAGGUGAUCAAAUACACCCCCAAAGCAGGGUACAAAGGUCUUCCCCAGUCUGAUGAAAUGGCCAUGGAUAUUCAUAUGUUCUCCUCCAAGUCCCAAGCACUCCAAAAAAGUGGUCCUCCAACUCCUCCGGUCAAAACCAAGAAGGCCAGAGAAUCAGGACUGAUUCUUCGAAACAGCCGCAAUACAAGCAAAGAGCCAGCAGUGGAAGCCGCUUUGAAGAAACAGCACGGGGAGCCUCUUUCCACUCCCGCCAUUUAUGAAGAGACAAUAGACGAAGUCAAGCGCCGGCCACUCUCCUCCAGUGAAUAUGAGUACGAUCGCAACACAGCAGUGACUCUGAGGGACUCACACCUGGGCAUUGAGCGUAAGUGCUCCAGCAUGACAGUCAGUUCCACCUCCAGCCUGGAGGCUGAGGCUGACUUCAGCGCGUUCAUGGAGCUUCAUGGAGGAGUGGAGGAGUCUUCCAGGAGCAUGGCUGAGCUCGGAGUGGCAGAGGACUUCAGCAUCACCCAUAUCACAGGAUCUCAUGAUGGGCUGACCACGAAGGAGAGAGUACACGAAGAACGCAUCCACCAUGAAGUGGAACCUCCACCUGUGGCCAGGAAAGACCCGAAUGCAGUCAAUGUGGCGCAUAUGUUGAGAAAAGGAGAAUCCAGGGUGGAACCUCAAUCCAAUGGUUCUGGGGUUCCUCACAACAUUACAGACUUCCCAGAUCAGCAGCCUGUGCAGGAGGUGGGUGGCGGUGAUGUUAACUGUGAGGAGACCAUAGUCUCCGACAAUGAUGUCAUCCAGCCACAGGAGGGAGAUCCGAUCCAGAAAGAGAGCAGACCAAAGGAAGCGAAAGAGAACGGGUCUCCUAUUAAAACAAGCAGCAUUGGAAAGGAAUUUAUCAUGUCUCCCAUCAGCAAUGAAAAUGUCACUUCCACAACUACGACGCAAGUCACAAAGACGGUUAAAGGGGGAUACUCGGAGACAAGGAUUGAGAAACGGAUCAUUAUUACAGGUGACGACGCUGUGGACCAACAUCAGGCUCUCGCGAUGGCAAUACAAGAGGCCAAGCAGCAGCAUCCCGACAUGCUCGUGACUAAGGCUGUGGUGGUCAGAGAAACAAACACUUCCUCUGAGGAGAAACACAGGACAUCCGAGGUGAGCCGAACUCUCCGAGUCAAUUCACUGACUCGUUCUUCAAUUCCUCAAAGCAUAACCACGGACCGAAUGAACUCGUAACUGAUUUUUUCAAAUUGUAGCUUGUUGCAGAGUCAAAAAUCCGCAACUGUUUUUAUAGACACAUUAGUGCAAAGUCUUUGUAUUUUUUGUGGGAAAAAUUACAUUUUUCCCCCCAUCAAAUGUAUUUCAUUUAUUGUAAUUUACUGUUUUUUUUCAGUUCAAACCCUGUAAUAACAAGUCAGCAGUUAUCUUUAUUAGCAAACUCAAAUGAAUUUCUUUUAUUGCGCCUCAAUAUAUAGUUCCUAAAAAGCUCUCUCAAGCUUUUCUCUUUUUUGUUCGUCCGUCCAAAUCUCCAGAGCACGUCACAUUUCUGCAACACCUCAGCUCUGUGCUUUGGCUCAUUUUCCAUGUUGUGUUUCUUUUUAUAAGCUUGCAUCUACAAAAAAACAAACAAAAAGAAAACCACACUUAAAAAGCAUGCAUGUCUGAUUCACUUCACUUCCGGCAGGUGAGUUGAUUCAGAGUCGAAUCACUUUCAUAAAUGGAAUAAAGCCAUGUGGCUUGGAUAUUCUUGGACCAUGUUUUGGUGUGUACGUGAGUGUGAUUGCUGGGUUCUGAGGAGGAAAGCACACCAGCGUUCUAUUCAAACAGUCUAAACUCUGCAUAUGUGAGCAGCGCAAUUAAAGUUGCAUUCUUAUAACUUA